GACCCUGAUAUUCGUAACGGUAUUGUGACAUGUGCGGCGCUUUCCUUUGAUGGCCACCAUGUAGCUCUUGGUUUUGGUAGUGGUGUCAUCGAACUCGCUGAUAUCGACCAUCAGCACACAAUUUCCCGAUUCCAGCUCGACCCACCCAACCAUCCAGUCUGGAUCGAAUUUGUCCAUGGCAGCCACCGGGUUGCUGCAGAGGACAAUGAGGGGAACGUCACCAUCCUUAGCCACGAUAUGACCGCCGUGAAUCUUGGUACUCUCCCCAACAACCUUCUUCCUGCCGUAACUCGAGUAUCAGAUAAUGGAUUAUUUAUCAUACGGGUUCCGCGGAACGCUGAUAGCUCUUGGUACGACAGCCUGACUCUCAUAUCCAUUUUGGGUGACCCGCACCUGCAACACCUCGCACCCCCUUCUUCCAAUAAUUUCACUCCAACUCCCAACCCUCCUAUCUUAGCCUCCGAGCCUUCUACUUCAUCCUCUGCAUCCAUCAAAAAUGACCCAGUGCUCACCAUUCCGCACCGUCGCACACUUGGGUUUUCUCCAGGAGCACGUUAUAUCGGCGCGUUUGAUGGCCUCGGCGCUUUCACCUGGUCGACAGGUGAAGCAGCAAGUAUACAUCAUUGCGAAGCACAUGCAGGGUAUAACUUGGACGAGUCCUGGAUCAAGUGCCCAUUCUAUGUUCUCUUGCAAAAGGAGGACGAGUGGGGGAGUGGCAGAGGAUGUGGCAGAAGUUUGAAAUCCAUUCGUCCACUGCCGGAAGAACCCCGCUGUUCGGAACUGAUGGAGGACACACGGAGCUACCAAUGCUCUUCAACGGCAAAUUGGAAUUCAUUAUUCCCAAGGAAUAUCGACCAGUUGUUUCUUCUGGUGCUCAAGGUUUAGGUGCUUGGUAUGGCGAUCAAGUGCCAUCUGAUCCUACCCUUCUGUACAGCCCUCGGUCCAGCAAAGAUGGGACUCGGAUCCUCCUCCAAGGCUGGCAGACAGCUCCAAUCGUUGUUGAUCUUAGCCAAGUCAUUUAAGGGGAAUCGUAAAGUU